AUGUCAGUAAAAACAGGUAAAGAAGCUUUGUUAAUGUGGGCUCAAGUUAGAACUCAAGGUUAUCCAAAUAUUAAAGUUAAUAAUUUUACAGAUUCUUGGGGUGAUGGUUUGGCAUUUUGUGCAUUAAUUCAUUCAUAUGAAGGUGAUAAAUUAUUUAGUUAUGAAUCAUUAUCAUCUGAAAAUAAAAGAGAUAAUUUAGAAUUGGCAUUUAGUCAUGCUACUAAACUUGGUGUACCAGAUUUAUUAGAUCCAGAUUAUUUAUUAAUUCCAGGUGGAUUAGAUAGAAGAAGUAUUAUGACUUAUUUAUCAGAAUUGUAUCAUUAUUUUAAAAAGACAUAUCCAGAAUCACCAGAUGCACCAUAUUCUAAAAAGAAUGGUAUUUCAUUUAAUCUUCAAGAAUUAUCAAGUGAACAGUUGACAGAGUUAUUAAUGAAAGAGAGAGAAAAGAAAGGUAUAAAAACUAAAACACCAAAUGGUGCAAAUGUACCAACAAAGAAAGCCGUUGAUCCUGCAAUUGCAGCCAAAAGAGCAGAAGAAGAUAGAAUUAGACAAGAGAAUAGAAAGAAAAUUGAAGAGGAAGCACGUGAAAGAAGAAGAAGAGAAGAAGAAGAGGAAAGAUUUAAACGUGAAGAAGUUCAAAAGAUUAGACAAUUAAAUGAUCCAAAUAGUAGUACAUUAAAGAAUAGAAUUAAAGAGAUUGAAGAACAAGAGAAAAAGAAAAAACAAGAAGAUGAAGAAAAGAAACAACAAAGAAUGUCAGUAGGUUUUAAUAAUACUAGUAAUAGUAAUAUCAAUAAUAAUAAUGCACCAAUAAAUAAAAGAGGUAGUGUUAGUUUAUCAUAUCAACAAGCAGCAGCAGCAAUUAAUCAACCAGAUGAAAAUCCAGUUUCACAAAGACAAAAAGAAUUGGAAGAAAUUAAUAGAAUGCGUAAAGAAAGACACCUUUCUUCAUUUAACAAUAAUGAUGAUUCAUCAAAUACACCAAGUAGACAAAAGGAAUUAGAAGAGAUUGAUCGUCUUAGAAAAGAGAAUAAAGGUCCAGUUAGUCAAGUUUCAUCAACUGAGGAAGAGAAUGAAAAUAGAGUUAACUCUAGACAAAAAGAAUUGGAGGAGAUUGAAAGAUCAAGAAAAGAAAGAAAUGCAAAUAAUAUAUUCCUUCAAAAUAAUGGUAAUACUGAACGUGGUUCAACUAGACAAAAAGAAUUGGAAGAAAUUGAUCGUCUUCGUAAAGAGAAACGUCAAUCUGUUAGUUUGGAAGGUUCUAAUCAAUUUGGUGAAAGUGGUCCAAGUGCUGAUAGUUUAGAUUCAUUAAAAACUCAAAGACAAAAAGAAUUGGAAGAAAUUGAUAGAGAAAGAAAACAAAAAAGAUUAUCAUUUAAUCAAGAAAAUAAUAAUAAUAAUAAUAAUAAUAAUACAAAUAAUAAUGUAGAACAAGAACAAAAACCAGAACCAAUUAAAGAAGAACAAGAAGAAGAAGAACAAAAAUUAUCAUCACCAUCAACAGAACCAAUUGAAUUAACAAGAGAACAAAGAUUACAAAAAUUAAAAGAAGAAAAAGAAGCUAUUAAAGAAAAAGAAGAACAAGAAAAGAUUGAACGUGAGAAACAACGUGAACAACGUCGUAUUGAGAAAGAACAACGUGAAAAAGAAGAGAGAGAACAAGAGGAGCUCGCUGAAAUUGAACGUGAGAAACAACGUGAACAACGUCGUCUUGAGAAAGAACAACGUGAAAAGGAGGAUAAAGAGCGUGAAAAGGAAUUAAAACGUCAAAAAGAGGAACGUGAACGUGAAAAGGAACAACGUCGUCUCGAAAAGGAACAAAAAGAUAGAGAAGAAAGAAAACUUGAACGUGAGAAGGAACUUGAACGUGAACGUGAGAAAGAACUUGAGCGUGAGCGUGAACGUGAACAACGUCGUCUUGAAAGAGAGAGGGAUGAAAUUGAACGUGAGCAACGUCGUCUUGAAAAAAUUCAACACGAAAAGGAGGAAAAGGAAAGAUUAGAAAGAGAAUUAAAAGAAAAAGAAGAACGUGAACUCAAAGAAAAGAAAGAAAAAGAUUUAGAUAGUUUCGAAGAACAACGUAGAAAACGUGAACAAGAAAGAAGAUUAAGAAAAGAACAAAUUGAGAGAGAGGUCGAAGAGGAAAGCAAAAGAAUUGAAGCUGAGCGUGAAGCUAGAAAGAAAGCCAGAGAACUCGAUAGACCAUCAGUAUCCUCUCCAAUCUCUUCCUCUUCCUCACCUUCAAAUCCUUCCUCCUCAUCACCAACUCCAAUCAGUAAUACCUCUCCUUCAAAUUCAAGUGGUAAUCUCAUGCUCUCUGAACAAGAACAACGUAGAAGAGAUCGUGAACAACGUCGUUUAGAAUUAGAACAAGAAGCUAAUAAACUUGAAGAAGAACGUAAGAAAAGCCAAGAAGAAAGAAGCCUCGCAAGAGACCAAAAAGAAAGAGAAUUGGAAGAAGAACCAAAAAGCCUUGACCAAGAAAGAGAAGAACGUCGUAGAAAGAGAGAAGAAGCUAAAAAUUCUUAA